GCCUCUCUCUCUCGUACACUCCCAUCUUCUACUGCGACCAGAAACUUAUCAACAAACAUGUCUUCCAAGCCAUUGCUGCUCUACACCGCCCCUACUCCCAACGGGAAGAAGGUCUCCGUAUACCUUGAAGAACUCAAAGCCAUCUACGGCGACAAGGUCGCCUACGACGUGCAGAAAAUUGACAUCAGCAAGAACACCCAGAAGGAGCCCUGGUUCAUCAAGCUGAACCCGAAUGGGCGCAUCCCCGUCCUCGUCGACCGCGCGCGGGGCGACUUCCCUGUGUUCGAGACCGCCGCGAUUCUCCUCUACCUCGCGCAGCACUACGAUACCGAGAAGAAAUUCGUGUUCGACGCCGCGACGCAGCCGAACGAUUGGAGCGAGAUGCUGCAAUGGAUGUUCUUCGCGCACGGGGGUGUUGGGCCUAUGCAAGGGCAGGCUAAUCACUUCAACCGCUUCGCACCUGAGGAUAUUCCUUACGCCAAGAAGCGCUACAUUGACGAGACGAAACGUCUGUACAAGGUGAUGGACAUUCGUCUCGAAGGCCGCGAUUACCUCGCCGGCCCUGGGCGUGGCCAGUGCACCAUCGCCGAUUUCAACGUCUUCCCCUGGACCAAGAGCUACUCGUUUGCCGGGAUUGAGUCUAUUGACGAGUUUCCCAACUUCAAGAAAUGGUUCGACCGUAUGGACGCGCGCGAGGGCGUGAAGGCAGGGUUGGCCGUUCCGGCGUGAUGAUGGACUGAGAAUUUGCAGCGGCUCGCGUUUUAGCAUGUAUUACCAGCAUGAACAGUAUGCAAUUACUGCAUAAUCGUCUU